AUGGUCUCCGCCCUUGUUAAUGACUCACUAAGCGGUCCCGCUGCACAUUCCAGCUGUCGAAGCCUUCGGCAUCAGCAACCUGGUCCAGCACAAACCGGGUCACCAUCCGCCCAGUCCUUCAUUCAGAGCCAACGGCGGCGUCUGCGGCCCAGUCCGACCGCGCCUUAUUCACAGCCGAUUCAGGCCCCGAGGCCAAGCCGCAUGCUCAGCCCCGCCUUGCCGAUGAGUCAUCCGCCGCCUGCCACCUGCCACCUGCCACCUGCCAGCUUUUUCAUGAUGGACGUGCAUUUGUGCAUGGCGAAAUCUGAUUGGUCGGAUGAUCAUCGAUCGUCUCCGACCGUAUGCAUUGCCAGAGUGCAGGCCAGGCGAGCGGGGAGAGGCAAGAGUGAGACGCGACGACCUGCGAUCAUUUGA